AUGAUGGAGUCACCAACAAUAGAAUCGGAUAACGAUGAUGAACCACUUUUAAAUACACAAAAUAAAAAUUUAUCAAAUAAUCGUAAAUGUCCAACAUGUCAAGGACAAGGUUUUGUACUACAAUCAUCCGGUCUUGUUGCUUUAAUUCCAGUUGAUGAUGAUCGACUUAAACGACGACAUACAUUUCGAUGGAUUAUACUUACCAUUGUUUUUUGUACGCUUAUUGCUAUCGCUGUUAUUGCUAUUCUUCUUCCACGUUCUGUACAUUUAUCAUUACAAAAUCCUAUUGUGAUCGAUGCUACUAAUGAUACAUUUAGAAAUACGACUAAUUUUCAUAUGAAUUUUUAUCAUUAUACAAUUAUUAAAUCAGAUAAUUGGGUACCAAUACGUUUGAUUAAUUUAACAACAUCAGUUGAACAUCAACUUAUAACAAUUAGUCCUGAUGCUGAAAUAUCUUAUGGAACUAAAAUGUUUUUACGACCAUUAGGAACAAUUUCUUCAAAUUUAACAGUUCAACUUGAUUUUGAUACAAAUACAAUGGCUUAUCGUGUAUGUCGUGGUGUAUUUCGACAAAUGCUUAUGUUUAAAUUACAAACAACAUUAAUGUAUGCUGAUUUUCUUCUCGAUAGAAUUCAAACAGCAAAUGAUAUUUCUUAUCAAUAUGUCCUAUGUAACAGAGGUGAAUGGAAACCGGAGAAAACAUAUUUUCAUCAAUAA